CUUCAUUUCUGCUCCUUAAUUCUACUUCUGGGUCUCGCGCUCCACCUCCUUUUACUCCUAGUGUUUCCUCCAAUCAGGUCCUUUACGCCCAAAGUAGGCGGGCCUGGGAGCAGAGGGGGCGGGACGUGACUGGCAGCGGGCGGGGCAGCGAGUGUGAAGGGGCGGGGCAGGCUAGUGAGGGUUUUAGCGGCCGGGACAGAAAUCCCCUUCUCCCGCCGGCGACUGGAUUUUUCUCUACGUCAGCGUAGGGAGUGCGAUGUCGGGAGCGAGCUCGGACAGGAGCCGAGUUGCGUCAGUGCCGAGCGCGUGUUCGUCUCGGGCGCGCGCAUCCCGGCCAGCUCUGGGGCCCCGGCAGGGCUGGGAAAUGAUGGAGCAGGCGGAGGCGGAGGCGACCGAGUGUUGAGUGGAACCUGCGGGAUCUGCCGCGAUGGGAUCGGGCGCGGCCUCGCCCUUUGGGGUCCUCCGGCUCCAGUGGCUGCUGUUGUUUGGCUUGGUGGGCCCAGUUCUCGGUGGGGCUCGGCCAGGUUUUCAACAGACCUCACAUCUCUCUUCUUAUGAAAUUAUAACUCCUUGGAGAUUAACUAGAGAACGAAGAGAAGCCCCUAGGCCCUAUUCAAAACAGGUGUCUUAUAUCAUUCAGGCUGAAGGAAAAGAGCAUAUUAUUCACUUGGAAAGGAACAAUGACCUUUUGCCCCGAGAUUUUGUAGUUUAUACCUACAACAAGGAAGGGGCUCUGAUCUCUGACCAUCCUGAUAUACAGAAUCAUUGUCAUUAUCGGGGCUAUGUGGAGGGAGUUUAUAAUUCAUCCAUUGCUCUUAGCGACUGUUUUGGACUCAGAGGAUUGCUGCAUAUAGAGAAUGUGAGUUACGGGAUUGAACCCCUGCAAAACAGCUCUCGUUUUGAGCACAUCUUUUAUCGAAUGGAUGAUGUCCACAAAGAGCCUCUGAAAUGUGGGGUUUCCAACAAGGAUAUAGAGAAAGAAACCAUAAACUAUGAAGAGGAAGAGCCUCCUAGCAUCACUCAGCUACUUCGAAGAAGAAGAGCUGUCCUGCCACAGACCCGAUAUGUGGAGCUGUUCAUUGUCGUAGACAAGGAAAGGUAUGACAUGAUGGGAAGAAAUCAGACUGCAGUGAGAGAGGAGAUGAUCCGUUUAGCAAACUACUUGGAUAGUAUGUAUAUUAUGUUGAAUAUUCGAAUUGUGCUAGUUGGACUAGAGAUUUGGACAAAUGGAAACCUGAUCAACAUAAUUGGAGGUGCUGGUGAUGUGUUGGGGAACUUUGUACAGUGGCGGGAAAAGUUUCUCAUAACACGUCGGAGACAUGACAGUGCACAGCUAGUUUUGAAGAAAGGUUUUGGUGGGACUGCAGGAAUGGCAUUUGUGGGAACAGUAUGUUCAAGGAGCCAUGCAGGCGGGAUUAACGUGUUUGGGCAAAUCACAGUGGAGACGUUUGCAUCCAUUGUUGCUCAUGAGUUGGGUCAUAACCUUGGAAUGAAUCAUGAUGAUGGCAGAGAUUGUUUUUGUGGAGCAAAGAGCUGCAUCAUGAAUUCAGGAGCAUCAGGUUCCAGAAACUUUAGCAGUUGCAGUGCAGAGGACUUUGAGAAGUUAACUUUAAAUAAAGGAGGAAACUGCCUUCUUAAUAUUCCAAAGCCUGAUGAAGCCUAUAGUGCUCCCUUCUGUGGUAAUAAAUUGGUGGAUCCUGGGGAAGAGUGUGACUGUGGUACUCCAAAGGAGUGUGAAUCUGACCCUUGUUGUGAAGGAAGUACUUGUAAACUUAAAUCAUCUGCCGAAUGUGCAUAUGGUGACUGUUGUAAAGACUGUUGGUUCCUUCCAGGAGGUACUUUAUGCCGAGGAAAAACCAAUGAGUGUGAUGUUCCAGAGUAUUGCAAUGGUUCUUCUCAGUUCUGUCAGCCAGAUGUUUUUAUUCAGAAUGGAUAUCCUUGCCAGAAUAACAAAGCCUAUUGUUACAAUGGCAUGUGCCAGUAUUAUGAUGCUCAGUGUCAAGUCAUCUUUGGCUCAAAAGCCAAGGCUGCCCCAAGAGAUUGUUUCAUUGAUGUGAAUUCUAAAGGUGACAGAUUUGGCAAUUGUGGUUUCUCUGGCAAUGAAUACAAGAAGUGUGCCACUGGGAAUGCAUUGUGUGGAAAGCUUCAGUGUGAGAAUGUACAGGACAUGCCUGUAUUUGGAAUCGUUCCUGCUAUUAUUCAGACUCCCAGUAAAGGCACCAAAUGUUGGGGUGUGGAUUUCCAGCUAGGAUCCGAUGUUCCAGAUCCUGGGAUGGUGAAUGAAGGCACAAGAUGUGACAAUGGAAAGAUUUGUAGAAACUUCCAAUGUGUAAAUGCUUCUGUUCUGAAUUAUGACUGUGAUAUUCAGAAAAAGUGUCAUGGACAUGGGGUAUGUAAUAGCAAUAAGAAUUGUCACUGUGAAAAUGGCUGGGCUCCCCCAAAUUGUGAGACUAAAGGCUAUGGAGGAAGUGUGGACAGUGGACCUACAUACAAUGAAAAGAAUACUGCAUUGAGAGAUGGACUUCUGGUAUUCUUUUUUGCAAUUGUUCCCCUUAUUGUACUUGCUGCUUUUGUCUUCAUCAAGAGAGAUCAACUGUGGAAAAGCUACUUCCGAAAGAAGAGAUCACAAACAUAUGAAUCAGAUGGCAAAAACCAAGCGAAAGCUUCUAGACAGCCAGUGAGUGUUCCUCGACAUGCUUCUUCAGUGACUUCUCCCAGAGAAGUUCCUAUAUAUGCAAACAGAAUUCCGGUACCAACUUACGCAGCCAAGCAGCCUCAGCAGUUCCCAUCAAGGCCACCUCCACCACAACCGAAAGUAUCAUCUCAGGGAAAUUUAAUUCCUGCUCGUCCUGCACCUGCACCACCUUUAUAUAGUUCCCUCACUUGAAUUUUUUUUUUUUUUUUUUUACCUUUACUUUUGCAGACAUCUUCAGGGAACUGAGCUAAUCCUUUUUUUUUUUCCUGAUAUUUUCUUGAAAAGCCUUUCUUCCUGCUGCAACUAUGAAUGAAAACAAAAUACCAUAAAACAAACUUUGCUAACACAGAAAAACAGAAAUUGAGUAGUGGGAAUUGAGAAAUAUAAGAAAUGCAGUAAAGUCAGGGCAUUUAGAAUAACAUUUCCAUUUCCAUCACUGAAUAAUAAGUCUUAUUCAGUCAUUCUGUGAGGUUAAUGCACCAAACAUGGAUUAUGUUAUUUUAAACAUGGUAUUGUAAUGAUUCUUAAAUUAAGUUUUGUCAUUAAAUGCUUCAAUGACAAAUUUUGACCUUAGUUGCCAUUAAUGUAGUUUCUGGUUGAACAUGUGAUUAUCUAAUAUCUGUGAAAACUAAUUAGCUGUCAGUAAUAUCUAAUGUUUUUCAUCUUGCACGGACUAAUAAUCAUCAUAUGCUAGAAUCUUGUCUAUCUCAUUCACUACACAAAUAAAGGAAUAUUCUGUCUUCAGAAGAAUGUGCAAAAUCCACAAUUUAGAUAUCAUCAUCUUAUUUUGAGAGUACAAAGUAUACUAAAAGUGUGUAUGUGUGUAUUCACACACAGUUAUUGUCUUCCUUUUUUAUGAUCAUUCUGUGGAUAAAUGAUUCCAUGGAUUCUAGGGAUAGUAGAGUCUAUGGGUCUAUCUAUGGAUAAUGAAUAUUAGAAAAAUUAAUUUAAUAAUAGAAUUUCUAUUAUGAAUCAUGUUAAAGCAUGGCAUUCUUUUACAAUAGCAUUAUUUUAAAUAAAUUAAACUUUAAGGUACGGAGUAUUUAAUAGAACUAAUCAGAUAUGCUGUUGAUACCUGGCUCUAACAAAGCAGGAGCUCUUAUAAUAUCUUCAAUCAAAUUGAGAUAUCAUAAAACCACUUGAGAAUUUCAUGAGCACUUUAAGUUUAAAAUCUGAAACUUCAAAGCUUGCUAUUAAUAUAAUUUAGAAUGUUUACAUUUACUAAGGUGUGCUGGAUCAUAUCUCUGUUGUAACUAAUGUUUUCAAAGAAAUUAGGCUGGAGAAAAGAAGUUAGAAAAGGUUUUUCUUAGUAAAAGCAAAAAAACUAGUGAGGUGUGUAGGAGUUAUUAUUCCAUCUGUGUAAAAAAUGAAUUUUUACUUCAGAAAAAAUGAUAUGGAUGGUGAAAUUUUAAACACUCAAAAAAUUUUCAUAACCUUUCAUAAUAAAAUUUAAUAAUAGGUUUAUUAACUGAAUUUCAUUAGUUUUUCAAAAAAUUUUUGUUUGUGUAUAUAUACAUAUACAAAUAUAACAUUUGCAAUAAAUAAAAGACUUGAAAUUCUG